UGCCCGCCGAUACCAAAAGACCAGACUCCCGCAGCUGAGGCGCUUCUUGUGACCAUGACAAGAAUGCCGUUUCAAUGUCCGCUCUUUUCCUUCGCGUGCACCGCUUGCUUCUGCUUCCUACCUUGAUCGCAACAUUAUACCUUUACUUCUAUCCCAUUGUUCACCAAUGCAGCUUUCCCAGCAACACCAGCACCGGCCAGCCAGCGCCCUUUCGACUUCUCGCAUUCGGUGAUCCGCAGUUGGAGGGCGAUACCAGUCUGCCUGAUCAUGGACACACAGAACUCUUCCCCAGCAUACGACGCGUUAUCGACAGUAUCCAGAAGCAUGGCCUCGGACAGACCACGACCAGUUUGAGCAGCGAGAGCAGGAGACUAUGGCAUGAGGAUUUGCCGAGAGCAUUUAGAACAUAUCAUAAGAAGUUGGAUCUUUGGGGCAAUGAUCGUUAUUUGGCGCAUAUCUACAGGACUAUCAAAAGGGAUACAGACCCGACCCACGUCGUGGUGCUGGGAGAUUUGCUGGGCAGUCAAUGGAUAGACGAUGCCGAGUUUGGACGAAGAGCAGAACGAUUUUGGAAUACAGUCUUCACAGGCGCGGUGAAAGUGCCUAGCCAUGUUGCAGAAUUCAAAGACACUCCCGCAGAAGCGCUGGGCAAGGAUAAGAGCUGGAAGAACAGAAUCAUCACCGUGGCAGGUAAUCACGACAUUGGAUAUGCCGGCGAUAUCGAUUUCGAGCGCAUCGAGCGUUUCGAGAAAGCCUUCGGUCGUGUCAACUACGAAAUUCCCUUCUUCCUCAACGAUACCUCUACCGUGGACACCACAACCGGAAAACCCUCCACUCCCAAUCUGCGACUCAUGAUCCUCAACUCCAUGAACCUCGACGCGCCCGUGUCCAAUUAUGAUCUUCAUCUAGACAGCAACAAUCAUCUGAAUCAACGGCUCUACUGGGAGAUUCCGCAAGACCCCACAGCUGGCACAAUCCUCCUCACUCACAUCCCUCUCUACAAACCAGCUGGGAUCUGCACAGACGGGCCAUUCUUCGACUACUUCCCUCAAGAGCACGGCUCGUUCUUCUCCGGUGGUAUCAAAGAGCAAAACCACCUCAGUGAGGCCGUCAGCACCAGACUUUUGGAGGGCAUUGUAGGACCUGAACGCACUAGGAAAUCUAUCAUUCUCAAUGGCCACGAUCAUGCAGGGUGCGAUACGUACCAUUCGCGGACCAUUAUCGAGGACAUUCCGCCUCCGCCUGAACCACAACCGAGGUUGGACUACGAGGACGAUGAGAACGAGCACGACGAUGGCGAAGCAGACUCUCGACCAGAACGCAAACCCCGUGAAGCUCGGGAUGAACCUCCACGCCCGCCGCCUUAUGUGCCUGAGAAAUGGAUGAUUCAGAAAUAUCCGGAUGCCAGGAAAAGUCGGAUGAAGAAUGCGAAUCUGACAGGCGUGCGAGAGGUCACAGUGAGGAGCAUGAUGGGCGAAUUCGGCGGGAAUGCGGGCCUGCUGAGUGCAUGGUGGGACCAGGAGAAGCAGGAGUGGAAGUUUGAGUACGAGAGUUGCCAGGCUGGUGUGCAGCACAUUUGGUGGGCUGUGCAUGUGGCCGAUCUGAUCACACUUGGACUAGGCGCGUUUGGUGCACUACUGGCUGUUAUUGGUGGAGGAGCAGGCGGGCAAGGCAAGGCCGCCGUGGGCAAGAAGAAGAAGAACAAGAAGAAGGGAAAGAAGAAGGAGCAGUGAGUGACACUGAACGGAGUCACGAACGACGCGGUGUUGCGAUGAUAGUAUGUACACAUAGACACAGCCUAAUGCAUAUCUUGAACGUGUUGAUGAAAACCACUUUGCGACAAAUUCGGUCUCGCAUUG